AUGUCAGGGUAUCCUCGAGAGAUCGCCGCUCUGAUCAGAUCCAACAAUGCGACUGCCGUCGCUUCUCGCCUCGCCCUCACCUCAAGGGAUUCCAACAAGCAGCAGUUCGUGCAGUACAUGGCGACGAGAAGUUAUCAGGGAGUCCUCGGAGAGUGCGAGCGGGUGAUGCAAGCGGAUUGGGCAGAAGUUGUCUGCCACGCUGUGAAGGCCUCGCUAGGGAAGCGCGACGGGAACCUGGCGGAGGCAUACACCCAUCAAGAGGCAGCAGUAGAGUCCUUCAUGCGACUGUUCAAGAAUUUCAACCGCAUGUGGCUUCCAGUGCUCAAGGUUCUCCUGAUCGAUUUGCGACGACUUGGAUAUCAGGCAGACAAGCAACUUAGAUCGGAGGGCAAGGCUACCGAAGCAAACAAGCUGGAAGGAGCUGGGAGGAUAAUGAGGAAGAGCCUGGCCCAGGAGCUUCGGGACGAAGACAAUGACAGGGACAUGUCGAGGACUCACGGAGCCUUGUUUGUGGCAAAUCAAUGCAACAAGAUUUCCGAGGUGUUCUUCGCGCUCAACACGCUCAAACACGUUAAGUCUCUUGUGCUUCCUCCCAUGCUGUCCCUCGACGAGUAUCCCACGCCAGACAGGAUAACGUGGUAUUUCUUCCAAGGGAGGAUGGCGUUGAUGGAGAGUCGCUUCGACCAGGCUGAGACCGACCUCUCUUUCGCCUUCAACAACUGCCCUGCCAACCACGUGACCAACCGCAGGCUGAUCCUGAGGUAUAAGUUGCAACAGUUCGAGAAGCUCGUGCUGGCGUUUCGCAAUGGCGAUGUUCGGCUCUUCGACGAGGCCUUGGAGGAGCAUCAGGAUUUCUUCGUGCAGAAGGCGAUCUACAUCCUCCUCCACAAGCUGAAGCUUUGCGUGUAUCGCAACCUCUUCAAGAAGGCCUAUCAUGUCGUCAAGCCAGCCAACAAUCAGAUCAAGCUCGACGUCCUCGUGUGCGCCGUCAAAGCUGCUGGGGCUGAGGCCGACCCCCAGCAGGUGGAGUGCAUGCUGGCCAACCUGAUCCACCAGGGGAUGGUGAAGGGGUACAUCGCCCAUAAGCAGCAGGUGGUGGUCCUCAAGAAGGAUGAUCCGUUCCGAGUGUCAAGCUAG